CUGAAACGAUCUGGACAACGCCGACUCUUGAUGCCUGAUGGAUGGUACCUGUGACAAAUGGCAUCCUGGAAAGAGAGAGGGGAGGUUCCAGACUCGGAGGAUGAGGAGGACACUGAAAGCCAGAAGACGGAACAGGAUGGCGGGGUCGCCCAACCAGCAUUCGGACCUGUUCUUAAACCGUUGAAUGGAGAAUCUGGCAUCGCGACGGCCAGUGCAGAGCAAAUCCAUCCAGAAAACGAAGCAAGAAAGAGCCAAGUCACUCAACAACGAGGCAGUGACUUAAUUAACAAAACUUCACCACGAGAGGCCAACAGCCCUACCACAACCCCUACAAAGAGACUCGAGGAUCUGUUUGACCACUUUGAUCCAUCACCAACUUCUACCAACAUCUUCAAGGUCCCGGACCUUGAAGGGCUUUUGGACGAGGAAGUUGAGCUUAGAGGAACGGGUAGUGGAGGCUCGCAAAACGAAUUACCGGCCGAGGACGACAUAUCGAUGAGCUAUGUACAGAUUACAUCUCCCACCUCCUCAAAACUCUCUUCUCCUCCAAGAAGUCUUCCAGAACUCUCCGCUUUGUCAUUGCCGAAGAAUGGUCGCAGUAGGACUAGCUCAGAUGCCUCCAACACUAGCAGAGUUACCCAAGGGCAAGACGCCGAAGAGGAUGGUUUACAGCUUUCAGACCGAGAGCCAAGCUAUCCUAUGAGACGAGCUCUACGACAACGCAAUGCGAUUCAAUUACAUCCCUAUCAUAUUGAACAAGAGAAAUACCGACGAACUUUAAAGGCAAGAGGCAUCGCGCCCAUGAGAUUGGCUUCGUCCCAGUCGGAACUACGGCAUGUGCCACAAUCCAAUUCAUCACCAGAUCCCGAUUUUCGAGAGUUGGAGACCCCGGGGAUCGAAGGAGACACGGGAGAAAGCCAAGCCAUGGACUUUGACUGGGAUUUCCAACCAUCGUCACCAGUUGAGCAUCGGCAUGAUGAUGGGACUACGCAUCAAGACGAGCUUCGGGAUGAGCUUCAGAACGAUGAGGAAGAUGAGUUGCCCGAUAUAGACGAACUAUUAAAGUCUAGACCACAGACAACUACCCAGAAGCAUCCAAAGAAAGAUGCCAAGCGGGUUCGCAUGAAGUCAUAUUCUCACAAGUUCAAGCGUCCUGUUCUACCCCGAAUCCUUACGCAAUCUAAGAAGUCAACUCGACCCACCAUCAAUGAUGAUCUUAUCUUUGAAGUUCCCGCCUCACCACCUGCAACAAGUCCGCCACUUCCCAAUACACUGUCUCGUCGAUCGGCAGGGUCUCGCGGAGGCACCAGAUCCCUGGAACCGAGCCCUAGCUGGCUCAGCCAGGAUGAGUUGCAAUUACAGAUGACUGCUGAUCUCCCGACGCCAGCGACAAGUGCUAUUAAACCUCCUCAAGAUCCUAUCUCUUUAGACUCAGACAGUGAUGAUCCCUUCGCUUCGUCCUCAUCAUCUGACGAGUCGGUACAGAUCCGAAACAUCAGCAGGAAGUUCCGAGGUGUACUCCCUGCAUCACAUCUUCGACUGGAUCAACAUCAAAAGCAACGCGCGCCAGAACGUACGAAUCGAGAUAGCCGCAGUAUAUCUCCUGUCAAGUCAAUGCCUCGCCGUGGAGUUGCACUUCCUCGAACUCAAUCAGGCACGUUUGGAGAUCAGCGAAGUCCGUCAGCAACAACUGACAACGGCUUCACAUUCUUCUCAGACGAGUCCGAUGGAAAUGAACCAGCGGAUCUUGACAUGCAAGAUGAUGAUGCUUCUCAACUCGAGAGUCUUUUCACGGGGUCGCGUAUGGGCUAUGCAGAAGAAGAGGAUAAGAUCGAUGCCAUGUUGCCAUCUCGCAAGCGUGCCGCAACUUCGACUCGCCCUUCCAAAAGGCAGAAGACUGGAUCAACUUCUUUCCGUCGAACAGGGAGCGAAACUCAUAAACGGCAGCCGAGAAUAACAGAGCACCUUAACAGAGCUCCGAAGAAUGUGUCUCGAGGAGAGCCAAAGCCGCGCCGCCAGCACAAAGAAAAAAGGAGAGGAGAUGUAACCACUCCGAGAAAGGCACCUCCCCCAGAACUUGGAAUCUUAGAUGUUGCGGACAUGUUUGCUUGUAACCAGAAAUCGCCGCCUAACUUCAUCAAGAUUGCAAGGAGAGCCGCAAGGUCUAACACUACACAAGGAAGGCACCAGCCUGCAGGGAAGUUCUUCCGGCUACCUACUCGCGAAGACACUGAGGAUGUGCUAUCUGUUCUGAAAGACUGGACAGCAGGAAUGUUGCAGCCUAAACAGCUUCCGGAUUUUGAUGGACAACGCGUGCGUGGCAGAGCUCCGCUCUCAGAGAUUGAAAACAGUCAUCAAGUAUAUUUUGAACCACCCACAACUAAGAGCAAGCCUGCGAUACACCUUGACCUGACCAAGCCUUCUCAAAAAGUCCGUAAGCUGCUAGUCUCCAGACGCCAGCAGUCCAUGAACGACUUCAUUAAAAAUGACGAAGUGCGUACUGAACCAUUGAGACUAUCAGAGAGGCGUCAGCCAAACGAAUUCGCUAACCGAGGGUCGCAAAGACGACCACCUUUUGCCCACCAUUUGGCUAGGCCGGCUCAGCUGGAAGCAGCAGAGAAGGAAUAUUCACAUCGUUAUCCUUCCACCACUUUCAAGUCCAGUAAGAGAGCUUUAGACGCGUUGUAUCGACACACUCGUAAACGACCAGCGCCGUCAGCGAAUCUACAACUCACUCGAUUUUUGGCUGACGAGGAUGUCGUACGGCCCUCCAUUGAAGCAAGCCCCGCUGCGGACUAUGGAGCUUCAGAAGACAAGCCUCAAGUUCAAGCCCUGCGGCCACCUCCUCGAAAAGUAGGUCGUCGGAAACCGCACCCUCGUCAUGUCGAUGUUGGGGCCGCCGUCUAUCGACAGCCCAGUGACCCUCUAAUUCUGAAUGAUUCUGCGACCGACUUUGCUGCUCCAGAAGCUGCAUCUAGUAAAUUACAAGGGCUUGCAAAAUUUGGGACGAGGUACACGCAACAUUUUGAUAUCCUACCCCUGCCCGCUGGAGUAUACUUUCAUUCCAACACGUUCAUUGGCAGUGGAGGUCUCUCCAAAUCUAUGCAAAAUGUUCUUGACGACACUCCUGAUUCGACUCCUAUCGUCGUCUCGCUUAAUUUCGCUAAGACUUUUUCAUGGGCGGGAUGGGACGAGAACGUCUCUUCAGAAUUUGGACUUUGUUUCGAUUGGCUCAUGGACCAGCUUGAUCAAGACGAUCCUACAUCGUCUAAUUUGGCAGGAGCAGCGACUGUAGAUGUUGUGACAUCUAUGCUAAACUACACACAACAAAGCUGCAUCUUUAACACGCCUCACAACAAGAGAAUGUUCUUGUCCAGGAUGCUUGAAGCCACUCGAGACUUCUCUUCCCGCCUUCAGAUUAGCAAGGUUACCAGUGAGGCAACCGUGCGUGUAGGAAUACAGGUUUUGUCUCAGAUCUGUACGCUUGUUCUGCGUCUUCUACUUGUAGCACGGACAGAUCCAGAAUAUGCUGCUGUGGCGUAUGAUUUUGAAGACAUCCUAAAAGUCACAGCUCGUAAAUGCGCUCAGCUUUUGUUGUCGAAAGAUAUGUCGUCCCUGCGAAAGCUAUACGACGAUCUUCAGUAUCUGUCCUUCAGAGAAGGCGGGAUUACUAGCGACCAGUAUCUUGUAGAAGCAUGGGUAAUCGUGAUUAGGGUAUUAAUUGCUGCAAAAAUAACCCGAGGAUCUUUUUGGGACGUGGUAGGGCCCCUAUUGGCUACUCCCAGCAUCAUCACAAUCAUUGAUGCUCCUACAAUGGAGAAGAUCUGGUAUUCUAUGUACACCCUCCUCCCUUUGUGCGAAUUUGAUGAGCACGGCGUCGUCAUCGCAGGGACCCGCCAGACAGCCUUGUUUGACAAUUGGCAACUUCCUCAGCAGAUGCUAAAGCGAGUAUUUUCACUUUACACAUCUACUCCCCGACAGGCUCCGAGUUUCAACGAUUAUUGCAGAUCUCUUGUCGGUAGAUGCCAUUAUCUCGUCGUCGAAUGGGGCUGGUGGAAUUGUAGCUCGAUCAUUGGCACGCUAUUCGACUUUUUCGCUUCCCACAACUUGGCUCACCUGAGGAACGAGGAAGUUUACACAUCCCCGCAGUUUCUCGAGCGCCUCGACGAGAAUCCAUCUCUAGCCGUCGAAGCUGAUGACCGGUCUUUUCAUAUCUUCCUCAAAAUCGUGGCAUUGGCGCUGCAACACUUCACAAGGGCAAACGACAUCAAAAACAGCCGCAAUCUCGUCGCGCGCUUGCUCCCAAAUCACGACAGACAAUACCCGAAGGAAGAAGCCAUCCAUCAACGAGAUCUUGCUUCAUUACGAAAUCAUCACGACCUUCUUUGUACCCUAUUCUGGGCUGCCCCUCCAUCAGAACGCCCGUCACUCAAGAUGUUCCAGCAACUAGUGCACCGCGGCCGCUCGCACAAGGAGGCCUUCAUGGUUCGGAUUAGAACCUUGGGGAGAAUCUCGCGCUUCUCACUCACCCAGCUUCUUGAUUCAAAGCUCUAUAAAUUGUUGAAGGGAUGGCGGGAGGAGGACAUGCUUAGUUUAUUUGAACAGUGUGAAGGAAUAGAGGAAGAAGUACACACUCAAGCUAAAAGAGGUGCUUCUAAAGCACAGAUUACAAAGGUGAUUUCUCAAAAUAAGAUGCAGAUCGAAAGCCAGAUUCUCGUGGCGCUUGCGGUUUGGAAGGAGAAUAUUGAGGUUGCUGCAUCUGCAGAAAGAUUGACGGGAGUAUUCCAUCCAGAUCUCCUUGUCAAAUCGAUUGCGUUCUGCAUCUCUGAUAAGAGAUCCAUUACUAACGGCAUCCUUCGCCUGUGCGUCGACAUUAUGAUUGCCUAUAUUCGAAAGGUGGAAGACUUCCGCCCUUCCCCGAGACAACCAGGACAAAAUGAUCGGAGACCGGAAGAUGACAGCCAGGGAAGCCUUGACGAUGCGGACUGGUACAUGGCAGAUAUGGUCACGGUUCUCCAUGGUUACAACUCCUCCACCGGAAGACUUGCCCCCAACUGCGUGCUUGCGAAAUUGCUAAAUGUGGUUCGUAACAUUCUUGAUCAAGACGUCGAGGCGGAUACGAAAUUGACAAAGUUCUUGGUGGAGAGCUUGGCGCGUCUGGCAUGCUUGCUAGUGGAAGCAGGUGUCAUGGAUCUUGAUGACUACCUGUCGGCUGGUCGUUAUACGGUCAUCGGACAGCGAGAUGUCUACAAAGUCUCCCACAAAUAUUGGCCGUAUUUCUUGGCAAAUAUGAUGCAAGGCUGCUCCAGCAAGCUUCGGAACUCAGAACCCCAUGUUCAUGAGCUUAUUCUGAGUGAAUGGCUCUUGGUCUUGAUCGACCCCGUCCCGUACUGGAAAUACGUAGCAGACUUCAAUACUCAGAUGGUAGCUUUCUAUGGGUACUUAAGUAAAUAUGUUAAAGCUCAUGAUCCCAGGAUCGAGAUUCUAAAAGACGUUAUGAGAGCAUUGAGAACUGCAUUUGUUGCCAAAGAUUCCGAUGUCCCUAUCAAGAAGGGACGAGCCACUAUUGUCUUCAACGAUGUUCAGGAUAUCAUGCAAGGUACGCUGGAGGGUUUGCCACCAGCAUCACAAGAGCACAACGAUUAUUUGCUCGUCGCCCGGAAUAUGGUAUCAUACAUCAUGGCCUACGGCAACGGAUUCGCCCAGCUUACGGAUUUUUUCACCCAGCCUUCUGCCUACUACUCGCCCGACCAGUCAGAUCCAAAGUUGUUUGCGCCAACUUUGAUAUCAUAUUGUCUUGCCCUACAAGAUCCAGAGGCAAGCAACCGAACUACGUUAUACUACUUCAUGUAUCACAGUUGGGCCGAGGCUGUUGGAUCCAAUCGCGUAGAGCCGUGGCUCGGACACGUGAAGACUGGCUUGAAGUACUGGAGCUUUAUCGAGUUUAUGCUUGCGGAUCUGAUCCCCGUCAGUUUAGGAGCGGCGAUGCGAACCAACAUGUGGCCCCUAAGCUUUCACCUGCUCGUUGCGAGCAUCGCUAGAAUCAAGAAUGUGUUGAACCGCCAAGUUGAGGAAGGCGACGUGGAAGGCUUGACCGAAAAGGCGGAUCUGGUCUUUCAUUGGGUGAUGAACUUCCUCAAGACUGCUCUCAACAAAACCGACUCCAGCAACAUUCAAGUAGCAACUCUCGCAGUCAUUCUGCAUUUCUGGGACUCAAUCUACCACGCUCUACGCCUUUACGUCACAUCCCGACCAAGAGCUAAGGCGAUCGUCCGAAGAUUCGCGAAGUGGCUACGCAACAGGAUGAUGAAGUAUAAACUCGAGAAGCCCGUCCUUCCAACCAAGUUCGCUGUUCUCACUAAGACUGGAAAGCUUGACGUGGCAACUUUGUCUUCGGAUGUCCAAUUCUUUCCCUAUCAACCUUGCCACAACUACGAGGUCAUGGUCAAGGGAAGACGUGUCAAGUUGCCGUUCACGCUUGAGGAGGUUAUAAAGGCUAAGAUCGCUUAAGUACCAAUUUCAGAAGCUCGAUCCGGCAACUACAAGUACUGUAUGAUGUAGAUAGCAAAGAAAGACAAAUGAGAAGAACAUGACCG